AUGGAAUACGUAUCUCAUUUCAGGUCGGCAGAAUGGGACUUGCUGGCACUUAGUUCUCAGAGACAUUCUGUAUUGUAUGCAUCUUGCUGUGGCCCAGAAAAAUACGUCGACAUAACAUAUUACUUUGGCUUGAGGAGAAAAACGCUAUUUUUCACAUGCAACCUCAUAAUUCCAUGCUUCCUCAUCUCCAUCCUUACAACUUUUGUUUUCUAUUUAUCGGAUCACAAAAUAACAUUCUCCAUCAGCAUAUUGGUCACAUUAACGGUUUUCUUCUUGGUGAGCUUUCCACGAACAGUGAAUUUUAUUGCAAUUUAUUCCUUCAUCUACGUAAAUGAUCACUGUCACGAGACGUUUGUUGUAUUUCACCACUGA